AUGUUUAGGGAAUUUCUAUUCAAACCCUGGGGCCCAAAGAGUUGCGCACUGGAUCUUCGGUCGGCAUAUGGGUUGGAUUGCCCAAAAUGCCGGCCUGACUCGGGCUUGAUAAUUUUCCCAAUGGGCUCCCCAUCCUACUUGGGCAACGUGGGCGAUGGUGGUGUUGUUGAGAACAAUAUAAGUAGUGAUGGUGCUUAUAAGGGCAAUGUAGACAGUGGUGGUAAUGCUGAAAUCAACAUGGGUAGUGGUGAUACUAUCGAGGGUAGUGUAGGCAAUGGUUGUGAUGUUAAAGGCAAUAUUAGCAAGUAG